UAAGUUAAACUCUCGAGUGUCGGGCGGCCACGACGUGUCAGCAUGCUGUGCUCCGUCAUCUACUCCUCCACAUCGCCGCCUCUCUCUUUCCGUUUCCACUCCAACCAAUCCUCCGCCGCUGCCCCCGUCCCCGUGGACACCGAGAUUCGCAACACCCAAUCUUGUUCAUCUUCAACUCAAUUUUCGAUUUCAGCCUACAAUUCCCUUCUCCGAGCAGAAACACACGCUGGACGCCCUAACCAGGCCGUCCUCCUUUUCCACCGCAUGUUCGCCGACGACGCCCUCCCACCCAACCGCUUCACCUUCCCCACAGUUCUGAAAGCCUGCGCCCAUCUCCCCGCUGUCGCCGAAGGAGAACAAAUCCACUCGCUUUUCCUAAAGUCCCACUUUGCUCCUUCCGACGAUGUCUUCGUCCUCACCUCCCUAGUCUACUUCUACUCUCGCUGCGGACGUUUAAAAGAUGCCCGUCUUCUGUUCGACCAACUGCCCCACACAAAUGUGGCUUCUUGGAACGCGAUGCUCGACGGCUACGUAAGGUCGGGUGAUUUAGACUCCGCUUACAAGCUUUUUGAUGAAAUGCCUUACAAAAAUGUUAUCUCUUGGAACACACUGAUAAGCGGCUGCGUGAGAAAUGGUUGGGCUUGGGAAGCUCUUAAACUCUUCCUCGACUUUCAAAUCUCGGGCAUGAAAGCAGAUGAGUCAACAAUGGCGAGCUUCAUUGCAGCUGUUGCAGAUUUGGGGCUUCUCUAUUUAGGUAGAAUGGCUCAUGCUCAUGUUACUCGUAGCUUAUUUUCUUCCAAUGGAGCUCUAGGCGUGGCUUUCAUCGAUAUGUACGCAAAAUGUGGAAGCAUUAAAUCGGCCUAUAAUGUCUUCACGACUAUUGAAUCAAAGAAUAUCCGCCAUUGGACUUCCAUGAUCGCUGGAUUUGCUUCACAUGGUUCUGCAUAUUCUGCUCUGCAGUUGUUUGAUAAAAUGAUGAACUCAGGCACUAUGCCAAAUGACAUAACAUUCAUUGCUGUGCUCAAUGCCUGUAGCCAUGGCGGAUUGGUGUAUGAAGGGCUGGAGUGUUUUAAACUCAUGAAGACCUACAAGGUUGAGCCUGGUGUGAAGCACUAUGGGUGUUUGGUUGACUUGCUCGGUCGAGCCGGGCUCGUAGAUGGAGCAAUGGAAAUAGUAAGAGACAUGCCAGUUGAGCCGACUUCGGUGAUCUGGUGUAGUUUGCUUGCAGCUUGCAGGAACUAUGGAUAUGCUGAGGUUGCAGACGUUGUGGCGGGGAAGUUGAUUGAAUUGGAUUCGAACAAAGGGAGUUCUUUUGUUCUUCUCUCCAAUUUGUAUGGAGGGUUGGGGAGGUUGGAGGAUUUUGGUGGUGUGAGGAAAGCCAUGGCAGACAGGGCAGUGACAAAGGUUGCUGGGUUCAGUUGGAUUGAGAUUGAUGGUCAGGUCCAUGAAUUUGUGUGUGGAGAUAUGUUGCAUUUCAGAAGGGGGGAGAUUUAUGGUGUCUUGGAAGAGAUGAGGAGUUAUUUGGGAUGGCAGCAAGGGUCUGAUUCACUUGGGAAUUAUUCUCUUUCGAUACAGUGAAUUCUCCUAUUCUAUUCGUGAUUCUUCCUCUUCUUGGACUUUUCACAUAAAUUUGGCUGUCUUGAUUUGUGUUUGUAGUUUGUAGUUUGUCUUGCUGGUAUUGUUUCUCUCGUAUUCUGGUUGAUAUUGAUAUCUGCCAAAUAUUAGAGGAGGGUGGACUAUGUAGUUCAAGAGAAAGUUGCCAUUGGAACAGAAGAUAAUCGUCGAAGCUUGCAAAGGAACCAUAAUCAAGUUUCAUUUCGAGUUUCCCUCCAUGUUCUAAUUAGAGUUUAUGGCCAAAAAAUGGCCAUAAUGGGCUAACAAGAAUUGAGGCCGACAUAUUUGGCCUUUUCCAGGCCCAAGUCCACGAAGAGAUUCAAUUCAACAAGCAGAUGAAAUAAUAAAGUACUGACUAACGGGCCUAAGCAAUUGAGUAUGAAAAGCCAAUAGCUGGAUCACAAUUUUUGAGUGAGAAUGGUUCAAUACGAGUUGUUGAGCAUAGCUAUAUGAAUAUGAGAAACUGAGUAUCGUAGAAUACUCGAUAUGCCAUUUGGCAAUUUUGUCACCUAGUCAAAAGCCACAUUGAAUAGCUCUAGAUGCCCACGAGACUUCAAUCUACUCGCCCUAAAGCAACUUCUCAAGAUAGGAGACCCACUAGAUAUUGGAUGUGACCAAACAUAGUGGCAAAUGAUAGAGCUUGGAUAGAUAAGAAACCUUGGAGGAAAUACAAAUUGGAGUUGACCAAACAGAGUGACAAAUGAUAGAACCCUCUCAAGUUCCAACAGUUGUCUGUAUCCCUUUAGACUACUGAGGAAGAAAUACUGCGGUUGCUAAGAUUUUGUAACUUCAAGGAGAUGUUAUUCGAGACGCAAUAUAUUCAUGAAUUUGUAGUGAGGAAUCAUUGUUCAAGGUCAAACUUUCAUUCCACUCCGAGCAAUCAACGACUGAAACAUUGAAGAAAUCUAAGAAGAGACCUUCCGAGCAUGCCUCCGUGGCAUCCUCAAAGCACCCCCCAACGAACAACAACUGUGAAGUACUCCAUCAGAAAUAAUAUAAGAGGGUUAAAGAAUCACAGAAGUCCAUGUCUAGUUUUUCGACUAUUCGUAUUCCCGAGAAUGUGUUGUCUCAUGAAUUUACUGAGCUCUUGGAACAGGCUUUGUAAGUUUAUAAUCAUGUUAUCUGUCUGACCCAGACUUCUCUUCUUCCAAAUAAAUAAAAUGGUGCAAAUUAAGGUGGGGCUAGGAUUGGCUCCGUGAAAUUAGAACUCUGAAUUUGUUAAGAUCAAAUACCUUCAAGGCAAGUACAAGUGCCGAUAUAAAUUUAAGGUUGAAGGAGUCAUGACUCUAGAAUUACAGUUGAUGGAGUGCAGGACAAAACUCCCAACAAUACUUCAUUCUCGUUGCAGCUUUAGGAUAUGGAGAGAACUCGAGAGGCAUUGGCAGAGACACGAGCCGAUCUCAGCGUGAAAACCCUUAAGUAGAAGGUGUCAGCCCAAGAGGAAGAGUUUCGAAUUUUGAGACCUAUGAAGGAUGUUGAUGUCAUGGAGGUUGAGCAAAAAGCGGUCGAGGACUUCAACAACUCGCUUGAGUUCAAGACUAUCAUUCUAGACAAUGUUUAGGAGGCUCGUGAUCGGGUACUUGAUGUUGAGGUAAGAGAGCAUGAAAAGUGGUCACUGAUGAAGGAUUCAUCCAGAGUUUCCUGAAGGGGAGUCGAGCGGUGCAACGUCAAACUGAGAUUAUCGUG